AUGCCUUCUCACCAGAACAUCGAGUUCCGCACCCUCGACAACACAGUCCUUCGGGGUUGUCUUUUCCCUGCAGACCAGCGAGGACCAGGAAUCAUCAUGACUCCCGGCUUCAACGCAACUAAAGAGAUGCUGGGCCUCCCAACAACGGCCGCAUCAUUUCAACGCGCCGGCAUCACAGCCCUAACCUACGACCCCCGUGGCGUCGGCCUCAGCGACGGCACCCCCCGCAACGACAUCAACCCCUUCCAAUCCGUCGACGACCUCUCCGACGCCCUAUCCUUCCUCCUCUCCCACCCAAACAUCGACCGCUCCCAAGGCGUCGGCCUCUGGGGCAUGUCACUAGGCGCGAGCAUCGCUCUCGUGACUUCCGCCCUGGAUCCACGCGCGCGCUUCACCGUCGCAGUGUGCCCCGUCGUCGGCGCCACGCAGAACCUGCCCAAACUGUCCGCCGUGCUCGCCAAAGCCGCGCAGGACCGCGAAUCCCGCCUCAAAGGCAACGACCCCUUCUACGUCCCCAUGCUCACGAAGACGGGCGAGAACCCAGCGGGGUUUAACCUGGGCUUUGAGCGCGAGGUGGCGAUGAGGCUGCUUAACGCUCAAGACGUGAAUGAUCCACUCAGGGCGGAGCUGGCGCCGAACCACGUCAACCGCACGACGGUGGGCACGUAUCGGAAUAUGCUGCUUUGGGAGCCGAGCCAUAUGUGGAAGUAUCUCAAGCGCCCGGUGCUUUUUGUCCUGGCUGAACAGGAUGCAGUUGUAGGGACGGAGACGCAGAAGAGGCAUUUUGAAACGUUGACAGCGGACAAGGAGUUGUAUGUGCAGCAGGGCGCGGUGCAUAUGGAUAUUUUGGAGGGGGCACAUCAGGGGGACGUCAAUCGGGUGCAGACGGAGUUUGUGCAGCGUCUCUUGAGGAGGAAGGAGUGA